AUGCAAUAAUCUAACUUGUGAUUUUAAUUAUUUAACUUGUAUUUAUUAUUUUUUUCCAAUAAUUUGGAUGCAUCAUAUGCCACCUGGAAGCUUAUGUUUGUGAUAUUUCCAGAAGCGAGUGUGAUGUAGAAGCUCUAAUUAUUUUCUAAGUCUACUUGUGUUUACAAACCGCGAACAUAUGAUUUUAAAUUGUUUUAUUCAAGUUUUAUGAAUCAAAACUAUUGUUUAUACAAUGGGAGACGUUAAGGUGUGUAGGAUAUGUCUUGCGCAGGAUGUAAACAUGCAUAACCUUUAUACUUACCCAUUGGAAACUUGUUAUAAACUUUUAGUUGGGGAUAAUGCACUUACAGCAUCAUAUUUGCCAGUGUCCGCCUGCUACAUGUGCGCUGCACAGUUACGAAAACUGCAUUUCUUCAAGGGAAAAUGCUUGAGAGCGCAAGCGGCUUUGACCGGUGUACUGAAUUCUUGUGGAGAGAUAACAAUUGACAAUAUAAAACAGAUCAACGUACAUAAUUAUCACUUAAGCAAUAACAUAGGCAUUGGUGAAAUCCCUUGUAUUAAUAUAGCACCAGAAAUAUCCGUCAAAGAAGAACCUUUUGAGAUCUCAGACAAUUAUUUUGAUGACAAAGAAAGUAUUAAACUUGAAGAUGGAUUUGAUGAUAUGACACCGCUGUCAACUGACGAGGACGAGCCUUUAUCUGUACAUAAGGAGAAGAAACAAGAGAGUGGGAAAAAAGGAAGAAAGAGCAAAAAGAGAAAAGAUUUACCAGACCAGAAGUUUGACAGUGAAGAGCAGUUCAAGUAUGAUGUGGAAGUUGAAAUUGCAGCGGAAAGCUCAAUUCUCCAAGACGUACCAGAGGUUUUGGUUAAGCGGAAACGUGGGAGACCUAGAAAGAAUGACGAAACUUUGAAGAAUGUGGAGAAGACGCGGAGAACUAAGAACACUGGUGGAGUACUCACCGAUGACAUUGAUCUGGAGAACUAUUGCACUAUUAUCAAGUUAUCGGAAGAAGAUCAAAAAGAGGAGAUCAGCAAGCGUCAGCAGUCUUCCAACUACCUCAACGCGUUGCACCAGUGCAACCUGUGCUUCAAGGGUUUCAUAGACGCAGACGCGUGGAAGCACCACAUUGGCAAACACGAUCCCAGCGCAGGCGACAUCGAGUGCCCGAUCUGCAAGUUCCGCUUCAAGACGAAACGGACGCUGCAAAAGCAUUCCGCCAACCACGAGAAGAAAUACGCCUGCAAAUCCUGCACUUACGUGUCCAAGACUACAACCCAAGCGAAGCAACAUCAGAGAUGGCACAAGGGCGUUACAUACAAAUGUCAGCAUUGCGACGAGAUUUCAACGAAAUGGACUUCGUACCUCAGCCACGUUCGCAUCAAACACCCCUCGGAGUUCAUCUGCGGCGUCUGCGGAUACUCGUUCGUCAGCAAGCUUGGGCUCAACAUGCACAAAACUAUGAUGCACAAGGAUGUGGUUGAGAAAGAAGGUUUCGAGGGAGAGAAAGAUACCGCGCCGUAUUGCGAGCAGUGUGACGUCAAAUUCGUAUCAGUAGAAGCUUUCAAGAGACACAUGGUCACUUCUGUCAAACACACGCAAAGUAUGGACUUCAACAAGGGUUGCAGGAUGUGCGGGGAGUCGUUCCCGGACGCGGAGUCGCUGCGGGUGCACCACCGACGCUCGCACGCCAAGAAACGGCCCAAGAACUACGGCAAGAAACCCACGUCGCUCUCCUGGCCCACCAACUGCGAACAUUGUGCGGAAGAGAUACCCAACGCGCGCGAGUACUGGUCGCACUUCCGGCGAGCACACCCCGACAAGAACUACCCCAUACAGAAGAACUACGUGUGCGACAUUUGCGGGAAGAGCUUCCGGGGUAACGCUUUCCUUGUGUACCACAAACGCACGCACUUCGAGGAGCGCGCGUUCAAGUGUCAGCAGUGCCCCAAGGCGUUCUUCAACCGCACCAAUCUCCAGAUGCACGAAAAGACCCACUCCGACCACCGGCCGCACGCCUGCUCCGUGUGCGCAAAGGCCUUCAAAUGCAAAGGAGCCCUGGACAGGCACUUCCGGAGCCACACAGGCGUGAAACCGUAUGAAUGUGAGGUCUGCGGCAAGGCAUUCGCUCAGUCUAACAGCAGAAAACUGCACGUGGCGACUGUACAUCUCAAGCAACCUUCUCCCUACAUCAGCCGCUCAAGACUAGAGCGAAGAAACAAGACACAAGCGCACAAAGACCAGCAUAGUGUUCCGCAGUUCUUAUACUAAAGUGCUGCCAACUUAUCCGCGGACCAAAUGCAAUAGUUAUUUAUGCAACUGUUUUAUAAUUAGGGGUGUUUUAAUACCUAAUUAUAAACAUUUACAAAAAAGACUUUAUCUACGUCCAUAAAAUGAAACCGCUAUAGACGAUUCUAAAACAGUUAGCUUAUUGGUAACCAAGUCAAAAUCAAAAAUAUCUUUAUUCAAGUAGGCCCAUAGAUGGCACUUUUGAUGCGUACAUUACAUGAGACAUGUGAACACGGUAGUGCGAUGAAGGCGAUAACCAUAUUCGUAAACUUGAAACUAAAGCUACGAGGGUUUCAAGUUUCCUUGCAAUGCCUUCCUUUAUAUUUGUAAGACAUGUUAGUCUUUAUAAACAAAAAUAGGACAUAAACAGUCGAC